AACGUAUUUUCUUCUAAAAAUGAUGACAUAGAUUAUGGCUAAAUGUGACAUAAACAAUUAUAUUUAAUGAUUAUUUAUAUUUUUGAUAAUUUUUUUAGAAUAUGAUAGUAAAUUAUACAUCAUUAUUAAAGUAAAUAUAUUCAAAUAUGAUAUUAAAUAAUAUAAUAAUAUAAAUUAUAUUUUACAAAUUUUGAAAUAUUAUUUAUCUCUAUUUCUUAUAAUUACACAAUUAUUAUAUUAAAAAUGAUUUUCAAAUUCUUACAACUUUUGAAAAAAUUAUAAAUUUUUAAUCGUAAAAUUAUUAGCUUUUUCUAUAUCUAAUUGUAGUUUUUGAUAAUAAUACAAAUUUUAUAUUACUUUUUUAUCAAUUUUAUAAAAUUUGAAUUAAUAUAUUUUAUCCAAAAGAAAUAGAUAAAAAUAUAUCUAAAUGAUAAUUUUAAAUAUAUACAUAUCUAUUCUUAAAUAUAAUUUAAAAUAAGUAUAUAUUUAUUUUAUUUAUUUUAAUUUUAUGUUCAAUUAAAUCAAAAUUUGUAUUAAAAUAUUGAUAAGAAAACACCUAGUUUUAUUUUAUAAUUAAAGCAUUUGAGGAGAAAAGAAGAUUCAAAUAAAGUGUGCGUCGUAUUAUAGAAUUACAUGUGUGUUGGUGUCGUCUCUAUGAGCCAAUUAAAGUCUAUAUUAAGCAAAGCAGGAGCCCUUCUACUCGGAUCCGCUCUCUCCGCGUCUGCUCUAAACGCGCCGUCUCUAUCCUCCUCCGCCGCCAUGGAAACUCACAAAACCAAGGUCUGCAUCGUCGGAAGCGGCCCCGCAGCGCACACGGCGGCGAUCUACGCGGCCAGGGCGGAGCUCAAGCCUCUCCUCUUCGAAGGAUGGAUGGCCAACGACAUCGCUCCCGGCGGCCAGCUAACCACCACCACCGACGUCGAGAACUUCCCCGGCUUCCCCGAAGGCAUCCUCGGCAUCGACAUCGUCGACAAGUUCCGGAAGCAGUCGGAGCGGUUCGGCACCAAGAUCUUCACGGAGACGGUGACCAAGGUCGAUUUCUCCUCGAAGCCGUUCAAGCUCUUCACCGACUCGAGGACCGUGCUCGCCGACGCGGUGAUUAUCUCCACCGGAGCUGUGGCCAAACGGUUGAACUUCGCCGGAUCCGGCGAAGGCGCUGGAGGUUUCUGGAACCGGGGGAUCUCGGCGUGCGCUGUGUGCGACGGCGCGGCUCCGAUCUUCAGGAACAAGCCUCUGGUGGUUAUCGGCGGCGGAGAUUCGGCGAUGGAGGAGGCUAACUUCCUCACCAAGUAUGGAUCGAAGGUUUAUAUAAUCCAUAGGAGGGAUACGUUUAGGGCGUCGAAGAUUAUGCAGCAGAGGGCGUUGUCGAACCCUAAGAUUGAAGUGAUUUGGAACUCUUCGGUGGUGGAGGCGUAUGGGGAUGAGGAUGGGAAGGGGGUUCUUGGUGGUUUGAAGGUCAAGAACGUUGUUACUGGUGAUGUGUCUGAUUUGAAAGUGUGUGGAUUGUUCUUUGCUAUUGGGCAUGAGCCGGCGACGAAGUUUUUGGAUGGGCAGCUUGAGCUUGAUGAGGAUGGUUAUGUGGUGACUAAGCCUGGUACGACCAAGACGAGCGUGGUUGGUGUGUUCGCUGCUGGAGAUGUGCAAGAUAAGAAGUAUAGGCAGGCUAUUACAGCUGCAGGAACUGGGUGCAUGGCCGCUUUGGAUGCAGAGCAUUACUUACAAGAGAUUGGAUCUCAGGAGGGUAAGAGUGAUUAGAGAAGAUGUAGGACAAGGACCAAGCUGUUUCACCAAUAAAUGGUCUUAAAAACAAUAAUAUUUGAGGGAUUUUGAGUAGACUCUUGUUAUGUGCGUUUGCAGUUGGAGUUGAGUCUGGAUUGUGUGCCAAGUUGUAACACUUUUGUAGUCACAGCUUCGACCCAUUGUUCUUGAUUUAUUCCUCAGGUGAGGACUUUUUAGUUAAUUUGAUUAUGUUUUCUUAUA